GGGGAGUUCGCAUUUAAAGGAACAACUUUCCUGUGGAAAAACAUUAUUAAAAUACAGGAAGAAGCUGUAAAAAGUCAAUAUUUUCUUUGGGAAUGCCGCUUUGUUCUCACAGCUGCAUCAUAAUGUGCUAAUAGAUCAAGCCUUUUUGUAUCUUGUCACUGGGAAUUGUGUGUAGUUUCGAAAUUAUUGGAGUAUCGUCAGAAUCUAAAAAGACUACCCUUUCCGAGCAGAAAGAGUUCUAAACAUUUUAUAGUGUGAUUGCUUCUGUGCUUCUUACAUACCUGCUUGUUGCUGUUUAUCGGAGUCCAAAGCCUUCAUGGCACCUUAGUAUAAGGGAAGGCUUUCAGAGGGCUGGUUUUCUUCUCUAUGGGCGACAACAGUCCUCUGUCUCCUAAGGCAAACGCUUUCAGUGUCGCCUCUCUGAUUUCAGCGGCAGAACAAGCAGGAAACGUAACAUUGGACGAGCAAAGCACCGGCCUGAACAAGCAUUGCCAACACGAGCGCGCUCUCGGGGAUCCUAAAAUGCAUUACAGUAGUGUCACCAGGGAAAUGGAAGCCUUCACAACUAACAGCCUGAGCAGUCUGAAUGCACCCGGGAGUUACCACCUCUCGCCAUCUCCAGGAGAUCCCUACAGCCAGCAUGAGACACACUACGAGCCCUGCUCGGCAGCACAGCACGGCUACAGCUACCCGGGAAGCACAAGUGGAGCUCCAGGACCCCAGUCGGACAGUGGGUCCUCUAGCUGCUCGUCAGUUUCGUCUGCGAACUCGACACCAAACAGUAAGCCACCAGUAAAGAAGAACCCCAAAGUGGCCAAUGUUAACGUGCAGCUGGAGAUGAAGGCUCUUUGGGACGAAUUCAAUCAACUGGGGACUGAAAUGAUUGUUACCAAAGCGGGAAGGAGAAUGUUCCCUACAUUUCAAGUAAAAAUUUUCGGAAUGGACCCUAUGGCCGAUUACAUGCUUUUAAUGGAUUUCUUACCUGUAGAUGACAAACGAUAUCGCUAUGCUUUCCAUAGUUCAUCGUGGUUGGUGGCAGGGAAAGCUGACCCAGCCACCCCGGGACGUGUGCAUUACCACCCAGAUUCUCCAGCAAAAGGAGCCCAGUGGAUGAAACAAAUUGUAUCAUUUGACAAGCUGAAACUGACUAACAAUUUACUGGAUGACAAUGGGCAUAUCAUUCUAAACUCCAUGCAUAGAUACCAGCCGCGAUUCCACGUGGUCUACGUCGACCCCCGGAAGGACAGUGAAAAGUACGCUGAAGAGAAUUACAAGACUUUUGUGUUUGAGGAGACCCGCUUCACCGCAGUCACUGCCUAUCAGAACCACAGAAUAACCCAGCUGAAAAUUGCAAGCAAUCCCUUUGCAAAAGGCUUCAGAGACUGUGACCCAGAAGAUUGGCCCCGAAAUCACAGACCAGGAUCUCUGCCAAUCAUGAGUGCAUUUGCCAGAACACGAAAUCCCAUCUCAUCUCCGCCACAGCAGAAUGGCACAGAAAAAGAAGGAGACAACAGACGGGAUUUUGAUAGGGACCCCAGUGGAACUCCAAUACAUGCUGACCCGGCCCACCAGCUCAUGUCCCGGGUGCUCAGUCCAGGUCUUCCUGUGCCAGGUGGACUACAUGCGGUACCCCUUACAACAGGCAGGCCAAGCCCACCCCACGAACUGAGGUUGGAAGCACAUCCCCAGCCGCCGGAUACAUUACAUCACCAUCCGUACAAGUAUCCCUCUACCUAUGAACACUACCUGGGGGCCAAAACACGGCCAUCCCCCUACCCACUCCCAAGUAUCCGGGGGCAUGGCUAUCACCCUCACAUGAACCCAGCUACGGCAAACAUGUACUCUGCCAGUGCACCUGCAAACUAUGACUAUGGGCCGAGAUAAAGAGCUACACCAUGCUCUCUGUAAGGCCAGCAGUGCGGCUUGGACAAAAACAAGAUUGCUUAUGGGGUAAUGCCUAGUCAGAAGGUUUUUUUUUCCAGGAAAAGUAGUUGACCUGUGGUGAAAAGAUAAUUUGGGGCUGUGGGUUGAGCCUUUUAAAAGACAAAACUGGCCAUGUGUGGAUCUUAUCCAAAGAGGGGAUGAUUUAAAAAAAGAAAAAAAAAAAA